GACGAACUGCCGGGCUGACUGACUGACCGAAAUAAUGCUCACUCAUCCAUUCCCUCGUCCGGGACUGUCCCCUCACCCAAACUGGGUCUCUCCCCCUUCCCUUGGAUUGUGAGGAGGCUUGUCCUUCCAGCCUGGCUGGCUGGCUGGCUGGCUGGCUGUCCGUUUCCUCUGUUCCCUGCCGGCCGUCCCCUCUCUCUCUGCCCUUUUCCCUCUUAUACUUCUCUCACACCCCAGCUUGCUCUCUCCCCUCUCUCUCUUCUCCCUCUCCCUACUUUACUCUCCUACACUCUUUACCUCUUCCAUACACCCAUACAGCCCUUGGGACCUUUCCUUGUCCUUCUACCAUUAACUCUCCUCAAUACAAAUUCAUCCACUAGUUGCGCAAUUGCGCAAUUGACCCAUCCUUCUCUUUCUGAAUAUCCUAAUCAUCAUACAUCAUGUCUACUCGUAAGAGAAAGCAAGAAGCCGAGGAGGAGGAAGAGCUUCAAUCGCUUCCUGAAGACAGCGAGGAAGAAGAGGAAUAUGAAGACUCCGAGGUAGAGCAAAGCGACCUCGGCAGCGAGGAAGAAGAGGUGGAGGAGGAAUUUGACGAGGAAGCCGAGGGUGAGGCUGAAGAGCCCGAAGAAGAACCCCCUGCGCCCAAGAAACGAAAGACCGCUCCAGCUCCUCCGGCUGACGAGGAAGAGGAAGAGGAAGAGGAGGAGGUUGCGCAGAACGGCGAAAACGAUGCCGAGAACGGCGUUGAUGAUGAGGAUGAAGAAGAGGAGGAAGAGCUCGCUGACGAUGACCUUGAAGAGGAAGAUGAUACCGCUAAGGAGAGCGGACCCGCCAAGGCGGCCGCGAAGGCUAAGGGAGGUGUUGUUCCCAAGGAGCCUGAGGUGGAUAUCGAGGGCGAUGACGAGUGAUCACGUCGCUGUUCUUGUGCCCUAUAUUACUUCGUCUUCUAUCCGAGGCAGCGAUCUUGACUGAUUUCGAAGAUGCUUUGUGAUUUUCAGCCCCGUGUGCUAAUAUCGUUAUCUGCUUGCGACACGGUUUAUUUUUAUUUGAGGGUAUUAUCAUUGUUAUGCUGGCUGAUGAAGAGCCCCCUUGGAUAGGUUCCAGGUUAUUAUUACUUUCGCUGGUUGCGACGAUAAAUUCUUAUUUUCCCUCGGAAUUUGG